AAUAACGUAGCUAGAGAAAUCUGCCAGGGAGGGGGCUGAAGAACAAAACAAUGACACUGCUCGGAAGGAUCCAAAUACAGUAACACUUUUUAAGACUUUUAAACGGAAUAGCGCGGAUUUCCCUCCCGUCUGAAAGCAAAAACAGUCCGCUGAUAUCCGAGCUUUUGACAUCGACUGGUAGUUGUUUUUGUUUAUAUGUUGUUACAGUUCUGUUGACAGACUGGAGGCUAGCUGCUUGUUUGUACGGCUUUAACUGAUGGGACUAGCUGGCCUUUAAAUUACAUAUUUUCUCUGGAAAAAGUUACAACUAUCCGUCGAAACCAACCAGCUGAAAGCUAAGCAACGCUGACGUUUUUGCUGCUUUGGUGCCAAAUUAUCUACCGAGUUUGCCAGCGAGCUACUGAGGGUCAGUUUUCAGCUAGCCUGUUGUUAGCAUCAACAUUUGCACAUUCAUCCUUUCAGGGAGAGCUCAUUGUCUCGGUCGCUACUAGCUACCUGUAGGGCCUACAUGUUUUUGUAUUAUUUUAUUCGCCAACCUUUAUUUUAACUUCUGUUAUGCUGCAGCUAAAUGCUAACUUUGGUUCAUGAACAAGCUAACUAUUAGUGGUGAAACCAUAUCAAGUAUAACUAAAGGACACGGCUGCUUCUGGUCCAUUGCCUCACUGUUAGUUAUUUAAACAAGUGUUUGAAAUUCAUGCUGCCAAAACAAGUUUGAUUUAUUGUAUUAUUGUGUGAAAGUAAGUUGUUACAAUCAGGGAAUCACCAGCCCUGUUCCCAUGCAGCUGUUUUAAAUUGAUGUUUUCAUUAUUUUUGGUAAUUUAAGUUGUCACUUACAUUUUUAAAUUACUGCUAUUCGAAAUAUCUGAUUGUCAAAGCUAUUCCAAUAAGCACUGUUCUGAAUUCAAGUUUAGCUUGUAAGAAACGAUGAGCGGGCAUGGCUCAUCUUCAGAAAAGGGAGUUAAUACUAGCCUAAUAUGUCAAGAGAGUUAUGUGUGUGAUGGCUCUGAGGAGGCUGCAUUUAAGUGUAAUGAAUGCAAAAGCUUGCAAUGUGUCCGUUGUGAGCUCGAGCUCCACAGUCAGGAGCGCCUGAAGAGCCAUGAGCGUGUUCAAAUAGGACCUGGGCAUGUCCCUUACUGUGAGAACUGCAAAGGAGACAAUGGCAAAUGCAAUAGAUCUGUGGUCCGCUGCCAGAACUGCAAAGUUAACUUGUGCCUAGAAUGCCAGAAACGCACCCACAGUGGAGGCAACAAGAAGAAACACCAGCUGACAUCUUACCCUCCACCACCCAAACCUGCGGAGGUCAUCCCUGUCAAGACACCGGCCUCGCCCGCUGUCCAAAUAGAAGAUGAGGCCAAAUCUCAGAGAGCAAAACUCCUGGAGAAGAUUUUCAGUUUCCUUUUGGUAGAUGAGAAUGAGGAAAUGCAGUUAAAAGAUGAAGCUUCAUUUGUGAAGAGCCUGAGCUGUAACCCUGACCAGCUGCUAAAGGUGGUGUCCAUCUUUGGCAACACGGGAGAGGGCAAAUCUCACACCCUGAACCACACGUUCUUCACUGGCAGAGAAGUGUUUAAAACUUCUCCCACUCAAGAAUCCUGCACAGUGGGUGUGUGGGCGGCAUUUGACCCCUUCCGUAAAGUAGUAGUCAUCGACACAGAGGGGCUGCUGGGGAACAGCUCCAAACAGGGCCAGAGAACCCGACUCUUGCUCAAGGUGCUCGCCAUCUCCGACCUCAUCAUCUACCGCACCCAUGCCGACCGUCUUCAUGAUGACCUGUUCAAGUUUCUCGGCGAUGCCUCGGAUGCUUACCUGAAGCAUUUCACCAAGGAACUGAAGGCCACAACAGCCCGCUGUGGCCUGGAUGUCCCUCUGUCCACCUUGGGCCCUGCAGUGGUCAUCUUCCAUGAGACAGUCCACACUAAACUGCUUGGCUCAGGUACAAAAUCUAAACACUUCUGCUUCUCUAAGGUCCAACUACACUGA